CCGAUAAGUGUGGCUAAUGGAGCUAGUGCAAAAAAAUUAGCUUAACUGCUUAGAAAGCGAUGAUGUAUUUUGUUGAAAAUACGUUUAGGUCCAAGCUCCAAUAGAAUGAUUAAGACGAUAGUAGAAGCCGCCUUCACUUUUUCGUUUUUUUGACAGGGCAAUGGGCAUUUUCCACCCUUAGGCCUUUUGCCGCAAUUUCUAUACCAUCUGUACUUUAGAUCGCCACCUCUUUCAUUUUAAUCUCGACUGGUGGUUUUUUUUCUGCGACUUUGAAUUCGUCUUGUAUAACGUCCCGCUUCCCUGCUCCCCUCCAAUUCCGUCAUCAUCUUCACCCCCUCCACCGAUUUUUCCCUCGACUGCUAGAAAGCUCUUCACAAUGCUGUGCCGACAACGUUUAGCACGACAAGUUGCCGUGAGAGCACCUUCGAACUUUGCGCCAAGGCUUCGCACCCAUUUUACGUCUCGUCACUACUCAAUAAAUACCUCCAGCCGAUCCACCACCGAAAGUCCGAUCGCGUGCUCAAGACCGACAAUACCCUACACGCAUGGCGCUUUGUUAAGGUCAAGCUUUUCUACCUCAGCCACCAGAAGGAAAGAUAAGAAAGACAGUGACUUCUUCGAUGGUCCAGUAGAGCCAUUAUCAGAGGAAGAGGCAAAAGCAAAUCCGGAGAAAAAAAAGAAGACAGAUGAAUCUAAAAAGGAAGUAAGCGAGGCGAGAAGUUCCAACGAAGAAUCCACGCCGUCCGGCAAGGGCCAAGGUCAAGGAGAAUCGCAUGAUGGUAAAGAUGGUAAAGACGGAAAAGAUGGUAAAGGAAGCAGUGCGGCGGGAGGUUCAUCCGGGUCGGGUAACGAUGCGCCCGGGGACGGAGGUCGAAAAGGUCGUAAGUCGGCCGACAAGGCGCUGCAGAAACCUGUAGUGCCCGACGUAUAUCCCCAGGUUAUGGCGAUCCCUAUAGCGAAGCGACCUCUAUUUCCCGGGUUUUAUAAGGCAAUUACUAUCAAGGACCCUCACGUCUCGGCCGCCAUAUUGGAGAUGAUUAAACGAGGCCAACCUUACGUUGGCGCAUUCUUAUUCAAGGAUGAGAAUGCUGACGAGGAUAUAAUUAGAGAUCCGGCUGAUGUUUACGAUACUGGUGUUUUUGCCCAAGUUACGAGCGCAUUCCCAGUACACGGAGAACAGAACAGCCUCACAGCUAUUUUAUACCCCCAUCGCCGCAUAAAACUAUCCACUCUUAUACCCCCCAGCACUAGCGAGCCUAAGAAGGCUGAUCCCGAAUCAGAACCUGUUCCUGAACCGAUACCGCAAAAAGCAGAAGAGGAACCGCAACAGGAGAAGAAGGGCGAUGUAGUCGCUAGUUUUGAAGAGAGCGCCGUGGCCCAAAAGGGUGAUGGUACAGCUGAGAAAUACGAGCCUACGUCGUUCCUGCGAAAGUACCCGGUCAGUUUAGUCAAUGUGGACAAUUUGUCCGAGGAGCCUUUCGAUCCUAAAAGUCCAGUUAUUCGAGCCGUCACAAACGAAAUAGUGAACGUGUUUAAGGAAGUCGCCUCUAUGAAUAGUUUAUUUAGGGAUCAGAUAUCAACAUUCUCCAUGAGCCAAUCGUCAGGAAACGUCAUGUCAGAGCCAGCAAAAUUGGCUGAUUUUGCAGCGGCUGUAUCUGCCGGAGAACCUGCCGAAUUACAAGAUGUUCUCGAAAGUCUGAACGUCGAGGACCGGAUGCAAAAGGCAUUAGUAGUCCUUAAGAAAGAGCUUAUGAACGCACAGCUUCAGUCGAAAAUUACGAAGGACGUGGAGCAGAAGAUCACAAAGCGACAGCGGGAAUACUGGUUAAUGGAACAAAUGAAGGGUAUCCGCCGCGAAUUGGGGAUCGAGUCUGAUGGUAAGGACAAGCUCGUUGAGAAAUUCAAGGAACGGGCCGACAAGUUAGCCAUGCCUGAGGCGGUCCGGAAGGUGUUCGAUGACGAAAUUAACAAGCUUGCCCAUCUCGAACCUGCUGCGUCCGAGUUCAACGUGACGAGGAACUACUUGGAUUGGUUAACACAGGUCCCCUGGGGACAACGAAGUGCCGAAAACUUUGGAAUACAAAAUGCGAUGAAGGUAUUAGAUGAGGAUCACUACGGACUUAAGGAUGUUAAGGAUCGUAUCUUGGAGUUUAUCGCAGUUGGUAAACUCCGGGGUACUGUCGAAGGCAAAAUUCUAUGUUUCGUGGGACCUCCUGGUGUCGGUAAGACAAGUAUAGGCAAGUCAAUUGCCAGGGCUCUAAAUCGCCAAUACUACAGAUUUAGCGUGGGCGGUCUCACAGAUGUGGCCGAGAUCAAGGGUCACCGACGGACAUACGUCGGCGCACUUCCCGGACGAGUCAUUCAAGCUUUAAAGAAGUGUCAGACUGAAAACCCUCUGAUAUUAAUUGACGAGGUGGACAAGAUUGGCCGAGGUUAUCAAGGCGAUCCUUCUUCAGCCCUUCUAGAGCUACUCGACCCAGAGCAAAAUAACUCCUUCCUAGAUCACUACAUGGACGUCCCCGUUGAUCUUUCCAAAGUUUUGUUCGUUUGCACGGCAAAUAUGACCGACACGAUACCCAGACCUCUUUUGGACCGUAUGGAAGUCAUCAGACUCUCCGGUUACGUUUCUGAUGAGAAGAGGGCGAUUGCGGAUAAGUACCUCGCCCCUGCAGCGAAGGAGCUCGCCGGAUUGAAAGAGGCAGACGUCACCCUAACGGACGAGGCGAUCGAUGAGUUAAUCAAGUCGUACUGCCGCGAGUCGGGCGUUCGAAAUUUAAAAAAGCAGAUCGAAAAAGUAUACCGCAAGUCAGCGCUCAAGAUUGUUCAAGACCUGGGUGAAGAGGUUUUACCCGAGUCUGCAGCUCUCACGGACGAUGGCAAGGCUGCUUUAGAGGAGUCAGAGAAGAAGGAGAAGGAGAAGGAGGACCAGGAUUCUACUUCUCCCGAGGCAUCCGAGAAAGAGACUACGGCGAAGCCGCGUGUGCCCCUCAAGGUGCCCGAUUCGGUACACGUUGAGAUCAGCAAGGAAAACCUCAAGGACUACGUUGGUCCUCCCAUAUUCACCUCGGACCGUCUGUACGACGUUACGCCACCUGGCGUCGCGAUGGGUCUCGCAUGGACCCAACUAGGCGGCUCUGCCAUGUACAUAGAAUCCAUUCUGCAGUCUGCACUGAGACCCAGCAGCCGUGCGGGUUUGGAGAUCACGGGUAACCUUAAGACAGUUAUGAAGGAAUCGUCCGCCAUUGCCUACUCUUUCGCCAAGGCAUUCAUGGCUAAGCAGUUCUCCGACAACCACUUCUUCGACAAGGCCAAGAUUCAUCUACACGUGCCGGAGGGCGCAGUGCAGAAGGAUGGGCCGUCAGCCGGCAUCACGAUGGCGACAUCGUUCUUAUCAUUGGCAUUGGAGGCUCCAGUUGACCCCACAAUUGCAAUGACUGGAGAGCUUACCCUGACUGGCAAAGUUCUUAGGAUAGGGGGAUUGCGGGAGAAGACGGUUGCGGCAAGGCGGGCUGGUUGUAAGAUGAUCAUCUUCCCAGAGGAUAAUAUGUCCGACUGGCUAGAGCUUCCCGAGAACAUCAAGGAGGGUAUCGAAGGCCGUCCAGCCAGCUGGUACAACGAGGUUUUUGAGCUCGUCUUCCCCAAUCUAGACCGGGAACAAGCGAAUCGAUGCAAGAUCUGCGAAUGGAAGAAGGAACACGACGCGAAAGCGGAGAGCGAAAAAGGCGAGAAAGACGAAUAGGAGACGAGGCGGAAGGCGGAGUGACUAGUACACUCCCACGGCAUUCCCACAGCCCCAUCGUCGACAUGCAUGUUUUAUAGACUUUUAACAGUAAUGCAUUUGCGGGAUUGGGCCAUCAGACGGGCGUUUAGGCGGCAAGACAAUGACUCGACGAAACGGCUUGGAGCAUGGAAAACCCAUCCAACCACUAACCACUACCAACCAUACAAACGUAAUCCUCACUCCUCACAUCUUUCUGAAGCAUUGCACUUUUGUAUCAUACGAUCUACCUACCCGUACUUCUCUUGCAGAUAGUGGAAUAGGGAAGGCAGGCGGACCAUGUGGCGGAGCGCGUAGG